UUGUGAUCGUGUCCGGUCCUGUCAGUUCCUCAUCUCCACAGACCCGCACCGGGACCACUUCACCACCGCUGAGGCUGAGGAACAGAGGCUCCCCGACCACGACCAGGACCACCACCAGGACCAAGACCACCACCAGGACCAGAACCAUGGGUCUAACCAGCGAUCCGAACUACCAGAAGCUGCAGCAGUGGUACCAGGCGAAUGGCGGAAGUCUGAAGAUGAGGGACCUCUUCGACGGAGACCAGGACCGGUUCAGUCGCUUCAGCACCACUCUGGAGACGGACGAUGGAGAAAUCCUGCUGGACUACUCCAAGAACCUGAUCGACCAGGACGUCCUGUCCAUGCUGCUCGCCAUGGUCCGGUCCCGGGGCGUGGAGGAGGCCAGAGAGAAGAUGUUCUCUGGAGAGAAGAUCAAUUUCACAGAGGGGCGUGCUGUGCUCCACGUCGCUCUGCGUAAUCGUUCAAACACGCCGAUCACCGUCGACGGUAAAGACGUGAUGCCAGAGAUCAACGGUGUGUUGGACAAGAUGAAGGCCUUCUGUCACAAAGUUCGCAGCGGCGAGUGGCGAGGCUUCAGUGGGAAGAGCAUCACUGAUGUCGUGAACAUCGGCAUCGGAGGAUCUGACCUGGGACCUCUGAUGGUGACGGAGGCUCUGAAGCCGUACUCCACCGGGGGACCGAACGUUUGGUUCAUCUCCAACAUUGACGGGACUCACCUCGCCAAGACCCUCGCUCAGCUCAACGCAGAGAGCACGCUCUUCAUCAUCGCCUCCAAGACCUUCACGACCCAGGAGACCAUCACCAACGCAGAGUCGGCCAGAGACUGGUUCCUGCAGGCGGCCAAGGACAAAUCUGCUGUCGCCAAACACUUUGUGGCUCUUUCCACCAACGCACCCAAAGUGAGUGACUUCGGCAUCGACACGACGAACAUGUUUGAGUUCUGGGACUGGGUCGGAGGUCGUUACUCCCUGUGGUCUGCCAUCGGUCUGUCCAUCGCUCUGCACAUAGGCUUUGAAAACUUCGAGCAGCUUCUGGCUGGAGCUCACUGGAUGGACAACCACUUCCGUGUGGCCCCCCUGGAGAGCAACAUGCCCGUGCUGCUCGCCGCGCUCGGCGUCUGGUACGUCAACUUCUUCCAGGCAGAGACUCACGUGAUGCUGCCCUACGACCAGUACCUGCACCGCUUCGCCGCCUACUUCCAGCAGGGUGACAUGGAGUCCAACGGGAAGUCGGUGACCAGCGCCGGGAGGCGUGUGAACUACAACACGGGGCCAAUCGUGUGGGGGGAGCCGGGGACCAAUGGGCAGCACGCCUUCUACCAGCUCAUCCACCAAGGUACUCGUAUGAUUCCUGCUGACUUCCUCAUUCCUGCUCAGUCUCAGCAUCCAAUCAGAGACAAUCUCCACCACAAGAUCCUGGUGGCGAACUUUCUGGCCCAGACAGAAGCUCUGAUGAAGGGGAAGACGUCUGAGGAGGCUCGUGUAGAGCUGGAGGCCGGCGGCCUGGAGGACGGCGCUCUGGAGAAGCUGCUGCCUCACAAAGUUUUUGAAGGAAACAAACCGAGUAACUCCAUCGUCUUCAAGAAGUUGAGCCCGUUCACACUGGGACUUCUGAUUGCGAUGUACGAACACAAGAUCUUCGUUCAGGGCGUCAUGUGGGACAUCAACAGCUAUGACCAGUGGGGGGUGGAGCUCGGGAAGCAGCUGGCGAAGAAGAUCGAGCCGGAGCUGAAGGACGCCGCCGAGGUUACGACCCACGACUCGUCCACCAACGGCCUCAUCAACUUCCUGAAGAAGAACUUCGCCUGAGUCCUGGACCCCUCCUCCUCCUCCUUCUCUUCCUCCUCAUCAUCUUCCUCCUCCUCCUCCUCCUCCUCCCACUGUCUGAGCACUUUGUCUUUAAUGUUUAACUUUAAAAACAAAGAUAAACAUCCUGUAACCUGUUUCUGUAGGUGACACCACACACACACACACACACACACACACACACACACACACACACACACACACACACACACACACACACACACACACACACACACACACACACACACACACACACACAGAACUAUAAUAAACGCCGUGUCUCUGGA